AUGAACCGAUAUAGAAACGCCCCCGGGCUACGAGGCCCCAGCAAAGCUACUGCCAGCACUCUGUGUCAAAAAUGCCUCAAACGAGAUAAAUGCUUGGCUUGUUUUUGGUCCUCUGCUGACUUCAAACCACGACACUACAGUUAUGAGUGCAAGGCAACAGCGCAAGAGCGCCCAUAUCAGUCACGACCUUCGCGGACUCAGCAGUUGCAAAACCCUAAGUUAAUGCCUAAGCUCUCCACUGAAGUCCCCAAUGAGCUCCUGCGAUCGAAGGGCGUGGCGGAUGAAAUACUUGCCAAACGGGACGAGGAGCGCGGGCGGAAGAGAGAUCUGGAUGGAGAAGAUACGACAGGUCGAAAUGGUCAGUCUCCAAAGCCAGCCAGGUCUAUGUCAUCGGAUUCGAUGAACUCAGUCUCGACAAUAUCCACAAGUCGAUCUUAUUCGGCAUCUCCCGCCCGCCAUGAUAGAGGGAACUCUCAUGGCGAUGGUCAUCGGGACUCAGUAUCACCACCGGCGAAAUCCCGGAAGAGAAGAUACAGCGAUUAUUCGGAGGGCUAUUCUGCCUCAUCAUACUCGGGGGCAAGGCAACGCUCAGGGUCGAGAGAGUGGGCCGAGGAUCGAAAUACCCGGCGACGACGACGAGAAACGAGUCCUGAGGAACGCGGUCGACAUCGGGGUUCUGAACGGCAUGGGUCUCAGCAAGACCGACAUAGUCACAGUGUGGACCAGAGCCGAGUAGCGAAGGGAAGACAUUCCUUGACCCCAAAUGCGGCGCAUGACCGCUCCGAACGGCGGUCUUAUCGCGAUCGAGCAAGUCCACCGGCUCAACCCCAGCGGUCGAGACAGGGGCCCCGGACAUGGCCCGAACCACCUAGAGAACGAAGCCUGAGCCCCUUCAGCAAGCGGCUUGCCUUGACUCAGGCCAUGAAUCUGCGAUAA